AUGAACGUAUUCGCUGAUGAAGCCACUGAAGAACGAGGUGAAAAUGCUCGUUUGUCGUCGUUCGUAGGAGCUAUGGCAUUGGGUGAUUUAGUGAAAUCUACUCUGGGUCCCAAAGGAAUGAACAAGAUCUUACAAUCCGCUUCAACUGGUCAAAUUACAGUUACGAAUGAUGGAGCAACAAUCUUAAAGUCGAUUCAUCUAGAUAACCCUGCGGCCAAAAUAUUAGUCAACAUAUCAAAAGUACAAGAUGACGAAGUUGGAGAUGGAACCACAUCAGUCUGUGUAUUAGCAUCUGAAUUAUUACGUGAAGCUGAAAAAUUAGUUACUACACAAAGAAUUCAUCCCCAGACAGUAGUAGAAGGUUUUAGAAUAGCUUCAAAGGCAUCUCUUGAAGCUUUGGAAUCAGCGGCCGUGGAUCACGCUUCUGACGAAAAGAAAUUCAGAGAAGAUUUAUUCAACAUUGCAAGAACUACUCUCUCUUCAAAAGUUUUAUCUCAAGAUAAAGAAUAUUUCGCAAAUUUAGCUGUAGAUGCUGUACUGAGAUUGAAAGGUUCAACAGAUUUAGAACAUAUUCAAAUCAUCAAGAAACCAGGUGGUAAAUUGACUGAUUCAUAUCUUGAUGAAGGAUUCAUCCUUGAUAAAUCGAUCGCUACAAACUCACCUAAGAGGAUAGAGAAUGCCAAGAUUCUGAUUGCCAAUACUUCUAUGGACACCGACAAGAUCAAGAUAUUUGGUGCAAGAGUAAGAGUAGAUGGAACCGGCAAGUUGGCCGAGUUGGAGCGAGCCGAGAAGGAAAAAAUGAAGGCUAAAGUGCAAGCUAUCGCUGCUCACGGUGUCACAUGUUUCGUCAACAGACAACUCAUUUACAACUACCCUGAAUCCCUCCUCGCGGAAGCAGGUAUCAUGUCCAUCGAACAUGCCGAUUUCGAAGGUGUUGAACGAUUGGCUUUGGUCACUGGUGGAGAGAUUGCAAGUACCUUUGACGCACCCGAGAAAGUCAAGAUUGGUCGAUGUGACCUCAUUGAAGAGAUCAUGAUUGGUGAAGACAAGUUAAUCAAGUUCUCCGGUGUCGCUGCUGGUCAAGCAUGUACAGUUGUUCUCCGAGGAGCAACAUCGCAAAUGGUAGAGGAAGCCGAACGAUCAUUGCAUGAUGCUCUUUCAGUCCUAUCCCAGACAGUGAAAGAAACUCGAGUAACCCUCGGAGGAGGUUGUGCAGAGAUGUUGAUGUCCUGUAGAGUUGAAGAAGCAGCUCGUACCGUCAAGGGGAAGAAAGCUUUGGCCGUUGAAGGUUUCGCAAGAGCUUUGAGACAAAUGCCUACCAUCUUGGCAGAUAACGGUGGUUACGAUUCAAGUGAUCUAGUAACUAAAUUGAGAGCCGCUCAUUAUGAAGGUAGAUCGGAUGCUGGUUUAGAUAUGGAUAAAGGAGAAGUUGCUUCAAUGAAGGAAUUAGGUGUGACCGAAUCUUACAAGCUUAAGAAACAAGUAGUUGUCAGUGCGAGUGAGGCCGCAGAGAUGAUCUUACGUGUCGAUAACAUCUUACGAAGUACACCAAGACGACGUGAAGGUCAAUAG